UAGCGUUUUGUAGACUUUAGCGUCGGUACGGACCGAAAUGGCAAAACAUAUGUUUAAUUGUCACUGUUAGCCGUGUUUGCGAUGAAAUUUAUUCACUCAACAUUACCCGAGCUUUAGGAGCGUCCUGGUUGGUCAUUACUUACCUCCUGGUAGGUCAGAAAUGGCACAUUUCAUUCAUUGUUGCUAACGCUAGCUUAUGGCUAAUGCUAUCUUAGGGUUGGUCAAACAUGCCCACCUGAGGAAAACCUUGUCGAACUGUUAUGUAACAAAACACCAACACUGAAUUGUAGUGUCAUUUUUUAAGUGUCUUUGUACUGACAACGCGUAAACGCGUAAGUAACCUAUUCUAUAGUGUAGUUAUUUAUUGAAACUGUCAUGGACUAUGAAGACAAGGCGAAGGAGGUGGCGGAGUGUUUGCAGAGCUACAAGAACGAUGCAUCUGGUUGGAAAGUUUGCAAGAGAUCGAAUGACACGGUGGUCUCGUGGCGUCCUUCGUCUGAGUUCCCGGGAAAUGUGUAUAAAGGGGAGGGUGUUAUAAAUGGCAGCCUGGAGAAGGUCUGGGACUGUCUGAAACCGGUGCCGAAAGGACGCAGAGUCAACUGGGACAAUAAUGUGAAAAAGUUUGACCUUUUGGAACAAGUCACAGAGGACAUAUCCAUCUGCCGAACCGUCACGCCCUCAGCGGCUAUGGGUAUCAUAUCUCCACGGGACUUUGUAGACGUUAUUUUAAUCAGGCAACACGAAGAUGGCGCCAUUUCAUCAAAUGCCACUAAUGUGAGUCAUCAGGGCUGCCCCCCUCAGUCUGGUUACGUGAGGGGAUUCAACCACCCAUGUGGCUGCAUAUGUGUCCCCAUAUCAGCAGAACCCAACAAAACCCAGGUGUACACGUUCUUCCAGACAGACCUUGGUGGCUUACUUCCUCGCUCUGUGGUAGACUCCUUCUUCCCCUCAAGCAUGACAGAGUUCUACAGCAAUUUGGCCAAGACUGUUAAAUCUCUCAAGGACGUCUGAAUUCAAACACCUGAUCUCAAGCUACAUAUUCGAUUUGAACAGAAAAAGUAGGUUUAGUUUGCAUCUUCCUGCUACUGGAGCAAAGCCUUGUGUAUUUGUUGCAGUCCUUUUUUUUUUAUUUAUUUUUUUUUUACUCGAAAGUCCCAAAGUACAAAUACAGUUGAAACAGACCUAAAAUCAUACCUUGCAUAAAAUUAUAAAAUAAGGGAAAUGUUCUGGGAAAAAUAAGGGAAAUUCUGAUUUUUCACAAGAAUGUCCACCAGCACAGAGUUAAAAUACGGCAAACUAUUAAAACAGGAACCAGGCAAAAUACAGUGGAACUUUGGCUAGUGUCAUCAGUCCGUUCCAGAAGGUCUGACUCUAACUGGAACGUACUCUAACUGAAUCAUUUUUCCCAAAAGAAAUAAUGUAAAUCCAAUUAAUCCACACACAAAUCAAAUUUUUAUAGUUUUACAGUUAUAGUUUUACAUACAAAAAAAUAAUUCCAAAUGCAUAUAAAUACAUAAAAGUGAUGAAUGAAAGGGAUAAAUGAACAUUUAAAGUUACAUUUACCGUCAUUUAUUUUAUUUCAUUUUUAUUUAAACUUUAUCUAUCUAGGUAAGGCAAUUGAGAACAGAUUCUCAUUUGCAAUGCCGACCUGACCAAGAGGUAUCAGACAACAGUACACAGACAAACUGUACAGUGUGAUGUAGUUACCUCAUAGCACAUGAUGAAUAAAAAAAAGAAGUAAACAGCUAAAAACAGGCGCAGCGGACACGCACAAUUUCCCUCACUAACUUUUUAAAUGAUGAUAUUGGGAAGAAUGGGGUGAGCUUUGUUGUUUGUUGCUGCGUAAUCCAGUCGUUUGGGGUAGAAAAUUGAAAAGAAACUCAACCAAAAGCGGUGCGGACUUUGGGAAUGAAGAGGUUAAUGAAACUGCUGGAGUGGAGAAUACAGGUAUUGGUAUGAAUGGUGAGCAGUGAGCGAAGAUAGGGUGGAGUCUUUCCAAGUGUUUUAUAGAUAAGCAGGAGAGAGGGCCAAUUUACAGUUUACAGUGGUGGUGUUGAAGGGAGCUCUGGUGACUGAGCUGAUAGCUGUGUGGUAUAUGGUGUCCAGCAUGUGGACAAGAGUUUUUGAAGCUGAUAUAUAAAGAACAUCUUUGUAAUCUAUGAUUAGGAGGACAGUCAUUUUUAUCAAGAAGCAGUUUAACAGAAUGUGUUAAUGAGGAUUUGUUCCGAUAAAGCUGUCCAGCCAGAUUCCCAGGUAUUUGGAGCAAGUGACAAAUUGGACAGCACCACCCUUAAAAGACAAUGUUGCAGGGGUGUUGAGUUUGUGGGAGGGUUCUGUUGAAGAUCAUACAUUUAGUUUUGCUUAGUGACAACUGUAAACUGGAAAGAUCAUUUUGAAUGCUUUUUAAAACUCGUCUGAAGUGCAGACAGUGCUGUGUGGAGUGGGGGGCUAAAAGUAUAAAUAAUUGUGUUGUCGGCAUACAAAUGGCUUAGAGAGUUGCCAGUAACAUAGGUUAUGUUGCUGAUGUGAAUGUUGAAGAGUUUUGGACCAGGUAUGGAACCCUGCGGGACACCUUUUGAGAAGUGGUAACAAAUCUGAGAAAAUGCCACCCUGACUGCGUGCACCCAGAACAGUAGCUGUUAAACCAAGUGGUGCAGCUCUCGGAGAGACCAAUUUAACGCAGUCUUUCGAUUUGUAUGGAAUGAUUGACAAAAUCAAAUGCCUUUGCUAGAUCAGAGCACAGAGCACAAUAUUCUCUAUUGUCUAUUGCACAUACAAUAUCAUUUACCGAUUUCAGCAUGGCAGUUAAACAAUUAAAAUCUCUGUUGUCACCUCCUUUUAAACAGUGGGAUGUUUUGUCAUCAAUGAUGUGGUAUAAUAAUGCGAGUACAUCGUAUCAAAAGCAAUAAACUUUAAUUUCUCAAUAGUAUUGAACAUUUUAAUUGAAUGUCAAGAGACAAAAUUAUUGGCAAAAUGAUCAACUUUGUUUUUAUUUAUCGUUCGAUUAAUCGAUUUCUUGAUUAUCGUAACCCAUCUGAUGGAUAAGCGCAGUCAAAUCAGGACUGAACCAUGGACUACGACGAUUUUUUGGACCUCUUACUGUCUUAAGAGGAGUGUGUUUGUGGAGACCACCAGUAAAUACAGUUUUGAAGUAAGACCAGGCAUCCGCAACGUCAGGGAUAAGAAUUAUUUUGUGCCAUUACAAACAUUAACAUGAUUCAGGUGGAGUAUAGAGACAAUCAAUGGCGGUUGUCUGGUGAUAGCACGUUUACGAACCUAAGCUAUGCUACAGUGGUCACUAAGACUUUGACAGAACACCCUGGAUGAGUACCUGUCACGUCUGUUGGUGAGUAUGAUGUCAAUUAAUAUGCCAGAGUCCAUUUGCUCGGUGUUGUAUCUGGUAGGUUCCUUCAUAAUCUGUGACAGAUUUAGAGCAUCUAGCUGUAACUGGACAGGAGAAAGGUAUCCCACUUGUAGUCCCCUAACGGGAUGAACUCUGAAGAGGUAUGAGGGGCAAGCAGUUCACAUAGAGCAGGCUGAGCACAGGCAGGAGCAGAUGGUGCUCUACAGCAGUGGUCCCCAACCUUUGUUGACCCACGAACCGGCUUGUGUUCCCACAAAUCUCCCGCGGACCUUGGGGGGGGGGUCGUACAUUAUAGCGAUCUAAUUUAUCUUAUUUAUUAUGUAUUGUGUAAAACUAAGACAUGAAUAACAUCAAAUUAAAAGCACAAAAUGAAUGGCGACCCACCAUCCACCAGUUCAAGUUCCAGUCAAGUUUUUCCAGAGAGAUUAUUACAUCGCUGUUUGACGUGUGAGGUAAAAGGUAGUGUGCUAGCAUGAAUUAACUUGAGACAGAUGUGCACAUUAGCACUCAAUAAGUCAUCAAAACUUACCUUUAUGCAUUCCCACAUAGUAUCAGCAUUUGACACCAAAUAUGAGGUGAAAGAAAAAUGGUAAAAAUACAGUAGUAGUCUAUCUGUGUGGCAUGAGAUAAAGUUAGCACACGCCCGAUGGACAUGCAUCAAGUGAGACGGAUGUAACAGAGAGAAUCCGGCGACUUUUCAAAAUAAAACAUAAAAAAAAUGAAAUAAUGGAAAUUAUUUUUUCUUUCUGUGCGGUACCGGGCCACGGCCCAGGGGUUGGGGACCACAGCAGCCAACAACGAUAGGGAAAAACCUUUUGCACACGGUUAUUUUUUAAAAGGAUUACUUCAGACUGUUUCACAACAGAUUUUGAGGCGAUAACAGAGCAUUGUCAAUGUUUUUUUGUAGUAAACAGCUACACCCCCACCCUUCGAGCAUCUGUUCUAACGGUAGAUACUGUAUUAACCAGGAAUGACUACAUCAGAGUUGGAAUUGUUCCUGAGCCAGGUUUCACAGAUAACGUCAGAACGUCAGGUGUUGUAGUGUUAGCAUAAACAAUCAGCUCAUCAAGCUUUGGUAGGAGGCUAUGUAUAUUUGAAUAAAUGAAACCAAGACCCCCAGGGUUAUAAAAGGAGUCCAAAGUUAAGGACUGCACAGGAGGUUCAGAUAUGGUGUUACUAGUUGGAGAAGGUUCUGGACCAGGGUUGGGUUGAAUAUUUCCAGAUAUCAGCAGUAGCAAAAGCAUCAGGCAUUUGUGCUUACGGUAUAUGAAUUCAUGUUGCCAUGUUUUUUGUGCUCAUUUCAGAUGACAGUUGGGAAGGGGGGGGGCGGUAAUGUAGGGACAUGGCAAAAUGAUCCAGUAAAGCCAUAAUGCUGGCCAUUUGACAAUGGUCAAUGAUGCACUGGAAUGAUAAUAACAUUUGAGGAUUGUUCCCUAGAGAAUAGUCUUGUGGUCAUGUGCCGUGCAGUGGUAAAGAUGACGCUAUCAAAGCCGCAGAAGAUGUGGUUGUUGCCAAAGACACAAUGUGGCAGGGAGAUCAACACGGGCACCACCUUCCGGAGUUCUUUAUUGAAUUCAUUAGUGUUUCUCACGUCAAGUCUCUGCUUUUCUGUCGAUCAUGGCUGCAAAAUAAACCAAAAUGCUGAUUUCCGCUUCCUGUUUCCAUGUAUUAGCAAGCAAGUAGGAUGCUAACAAGGACAUUUUGUGAUAAAAAUUAAUACGACGAUAAGAUGCACGGAGUGUUGUAUGCUAAACAGAAAAUGUACGCAAACCAAAGCAAAAUUUCACUCACAAUUUUUUAUCCAUCCAUCCAUCCAUUUUCUAUACCGCUUCAUCCUCAUUAGGGUCGCGGGGGCAUGCUGGAGCCUAUCCCAGCUGACUUCCGAAAAAUUCAACUGGGGCGUAUGCUAACUGAGGUUCCACUGUAGUUGUUUAUGUUGUCUUUACAUGUCAGAAUGAGUCUAACCUACAAUGAAAUGUAAAGUUAAUGAAGGUCAGACAAGAUUGGAGUUGUGACCUUCAGAAUAGUCAUUUCAUGCUGUUACAUUGAAUAGAACAGUACUGGUAUUUUCCCUUACUUUUUACUACUUGGACAGUCCAGAGAGGAGCUGCAGUGCAGUCAUUCUGAUUUCUAUCACUUAUCUUGUUGAGGAAUUGACAAGUUCAUUCUUUCCCUUGGCUGCGGCAAAGGGAAGUGAAGUCUCAGUAGACACGGGUAAGACAGAUAAUCAUUCUUGGAAGGGAAACUGACUUUGGUCAACGUGUCUUGCUUAGGUUUGAUGCUAUGACUUUUUACUCAGACCUCAGUUCAGUGUUUACAUUGUAAUACAUUCUCACUUUUUCAUCCUUCAGUAGAAAACUUGAAUUGAUUCAGCAUCAUUUGUUGUUUACUUUUAUGUUACAUCUGAAAAACUCAUUGAGCCUGAGAUCACCCAAAAACCUCAAAUCCAAGUAAGGAUUUUUUUUUUCUUUUACUGUGGAAAAAAAACAUGUAUUUAAUUCCUUAUUAUCCAUCCAUCCGUUUUCUAUGCCGCUUAUCCUAAUUAGGGUUGUGAGGUAUGCUGGAGCCUGUCCCAGCUGACAUCGGGCGAGAGGCAGCCAAUCGCAUCCUUAUUAUUUAGAAUGCAAAUAAAAAUUGUAUAAUUCAAAAAUGUAUAUAUAGAAAUGUGUCAACCGACAACGUUCAUAGGCAAACGACAGGGUUGUUAUGAAAUGUUAUUGUGUUUUUAAAGGUUUUAAAUGUUUAAAUGUGUUUUUCUAAGCACUAGACUUUCAUCAAUAACAUUUAGUCAUUUGUCCAGUGUCCUCUGUUGUGGACAUGAGGACGUACACGACUGCUACUUGUGAUGAGGAUGCAUCAAGGAGCAAAAAGGCAUGUGUGUAACCAAGACAAACUGCUUCUUGCGGUAUUCUUAAUAAGACCGAAAUUCACAAAGCCAAACCCAAGAAAAGUUCAUGCAGUAUUUUUUUUUGUUUUCUUUUCUUUUGUUGUUUUUUUAGGUCCAGUGUUAAAAAAAUGUACAUGUUAAAGGUGCAGUCAACAGCUUUGUACUGUACAUUUCAUUAAGGCAUGUUUUGUUCCUAUGAAAGAAGUUACUGUCCAAAGGGAAUAAAAGGAGACUAUUGGAGCAUGU